UUACUCCCCUCCCUCCGCUAACCAUAAUGGCGAAAUUCGUGAAGUGAAGUCUUGUGCGGAUGAUUUUAAACGCCGUUGAAUUAAGAAACUUACUUUAAAUUUAUUUUAACUUAUAACUUAAUAAUUACAGUUUUAAAUUAUUACUAACUCUUAGUACAAUGUCUCGUUCAGUACGCGCCGAAACUAGAAACCGUGUUAAAGAUGACAUCAAAAGAGUCAUGCAAGCUGUUGAAAAAGUUCGCCAUUGGGAAAAGAAAUGGGUGACGAUAGGGGAAACAACCAUGAAAAUAUAUAAAUGGGUGCCGAUAUCAACAAACGAGCAGAAGAAGAAGCACGCGGCCAAGCGCGAUAACAAGGAAAACACGUUGACCCCCAAAAAGAUGCACGAUUCAUCCAACUCCAACUUUGGAAUGGCCGAGGAUUCUAACACCUGUUUCUCAACUGUGAGUGACUCCCAGGGCCCUACAGAGUUCACUUCAACACACAUGAACUUCUCCGAGGACUCCAACUCCCAAAGCAGUGGUACCACAACACCGGCGAAACGGUUAAAGACUGACUGAAGCAAGCUCAAGAAAUAAAAGCCUCACGGAGGCAAGGACUAUUGCAACUGGCUGGUGGAGUCUGGCUAACCAAAGUUGAACCAAGCAAAUUCAAUCCAGCAACACAUACAUUUUUACCAAUGGCCAUAUUGAUUUUGCUUGGUUCAACUUUUGUUAGUCAUACUCUAGUGAUGGCUAAGCAGUGCUAUUUGAUAUUAACAUUUACUUCUAUUGUUUUAAUGUCUGUGCUGUGAAUACUAUUUAUAUAAAUGCUGCCAUACUUGACACUUGUGAGCAACGCGAGCUUGCAGGCAGUUCGGCAGCUUAUUUUAAGUGCUAAGAGUUUUUUUAUUGUUGAUAUGCUUAGGCCAAUACUAGUUUACAGCUUAACAUUUUUAUUUGCAUUUUAACCGCAUUUUAUAUCAGUAGGGCUAAGAUGGCCAGCUCUUUAUCAUUUGUCACCAUGCCUGGCACAAUCUAACAAGUAUGUAAGUGCGAAAGUGUUGCAUGACAUGAUAGGUGAUAAAAUGCGACCAUGAUACCACUGCAGAAUUAGUUUACAGUACAUCAUUUAUCCCAGACAUAAAAAAAUUGUAUCUUUCACAUUUGCUAGAAGACAGACAAAUGUUUUAUGUUGCUUAUAAAUGGUAUGCUAUGGUGACUAGAAUAUGUACGAAUUAUUUGUAAAUAUCUGCCUAAAUUAUUGAGUAAAUCAUUGGUCUGUUUAAAAUAUAAAGCUGUUUUUAAAAAUUACAAGUCUCAUAUGUUAUAAUUUUU